AUGAAGAAGCUCGCAAGGAAAUUUCGUCGUUCAGAAGACGAAAACCUCUCUCUUCCAGUGCACGACGGGGACUCUCGUCCUUUGGAAUCCCAAGAGCAAGAAGAGUUAGUUCGGUCACUCGAAAGAAGUCAAGCUCAGCAGAGUCGCUUAUGGAGGAUGGUAUUUGCAAUUCUAUUCUUCUGUUACAUCGUAUUUCUUUUGUACUCCAUCUUCCAUCAGGCUUUAACACCCUGGGAACUGCGGUAUCAUGCUUACUUCAUGGAGGAUAUGUACUCAUGGAUGAUUAUAUCUGCAGACUGGGUUGCUGUUUUAGCAUGCUUGUUUUCCAUCAUCGGACUCCUUCAUGAGUCAAUGCUUCGGAGGAGAUGGAUAAAGUACUCAUGGUAUACUGGCGUUAUUCUGGCAGUUUUCUGGUUAUAUUACAUGUUGAGGUUGCCGAAGUUUCGUUGGGAUGUAAUCUGGCUACCAUUUGGUCCUCUUGGUGCAUCUGCAGUCUGCCUCUAUGUGGAUCAUUUACUGACUGAGUCAUCAGAAGAGGUGAGAAAGCUUCGUGGGUACAUGUAUACCUACAAAGCAAGCUAG